AUGGGUUCCUCCAAACUGAUGGUUACAUUCAUUCUUGUUGCUACGCUGGCCAUCUCUUAUAACUUUUUCUCUGUUGAAACGAGAAUUAGCAGCGUGCAAGCUGCGGCUCCUACUUGCGAAAAAGAUUGUACUGAGAAAUUCUUGACUCAAGACUGCUAUAAAUAUUGUGUAGGCUUGACUUAUAAACGUGGUGUUUGCAUUUUAUCCGAAGGACUUCCUCCAAAAUCUUCUACAUAUCGUUGUUGUUGUUCGUAA